GCAUGUGUUGUAGUGUGUGUGAAAGUUGCUGAUAAACAAAAACACUGUACUAUGUAAACACGUGGUUAUGUGCUGCUUCUGAUUUUCUUCAAACUUUUCAAUUUCACAGCUCACGGGAAGGGUAGUGGUUACAACAAUGACUUCUAAAGAUUUUAAAGCAAUUCGCUUACGCCUAUCUGAAAAUAGUGGUGUUUACCACUACUUGUACAUCAAGCAGAAUGUGGUUAGAGAAGUUUGCAAAGAAAAACCAUCCGACAAAACUUUAUUUGUCAUGGGGAUCCCGCCUUAUUUUACUGAGAAUUGUAUUAGCCAUUUAUUCCAGCAAUGUGGAGCCAUCUCAAAUGUGUAUAUUCAUGACAAACCCUCCUUUGAACUACCGAAAGUGUCAGUAUCUAAAUUCUUUGAAAGAAAGCGUUUGUUGGGAUUCAAGGUUGCUUAUGUUGUGUUUGAAUCCACCGACUCUUUGAAAAAAGCUCUGAAGCUGAAGAAGCACUUGACCCUUCAAACUGAAGACUAUAAGCCUCUAGUUGGUGUUCAAAAAUGGUGCCAAGAAUAUAAUGACCGAAUUCCCAACAUUGUAGAAUUGCAGUAUGAGGUUGAUGCAUUUAUAACUGAUUUUGAUGAAAAGUGUCGCGAAGAAAGACAAAGGCAAAAACAACUGAUGGAAGCAGAUGGUGAAGGUUGGGUCACUGUGACCCGGAAAGGAAGGAAUCCUGGCUUUGCCCGUAAGCAGACAGUCAAAGAAAAGAUCCUUGAGAAACAGAAAAAGAAAAACAAGAAACUUCUGAACUUCUAUGCUUUCGAAAUCAAAGAAUCGAAAAUGAACCAUCUAGAACUGUUACGAAAGAAAUUCGAAGAGGAUAAACAGAAGAUUGAAGCCUUAAAGAAAGCCAGAAAAUUCAGACCAUUUGUGUGAAUGAAAAAUUGAUCAACCUGUCUUCAAUUGUGUAAAUAUUGUACAUACAAAGUUAAAUACAAAGCUCUGCUACUGUUUUAUAA